AGGUCGCUAUGUCUGAGAAGACCCUUUCAUCUAUGAAGAUCAUUCCUGCCACUGCCAGUGACUAUAAUGAGUUAAUGUCCAUCUCAAAAGGAAUAUACAGGGGGGUGGAUCCUCUGCCGUUCAGGUACCACGAGUGGUUGGCUGAUCCUCAGCGGAAGAUGUUCGUGGCCAAGUCUGAAGGAAAAGUGGUGGGGUUUCUGUUGUUCGUGCUGGUAGAUGGAGGUAGAACAGCUGUGUCAGAUAGUCUUCGUGUUGCCCCCUGGAUGAGAGGCCAUGGGAUAGCCAGGGCAAUGCAACAGUUUUGUCUUGACAACCUGCGCUCCAACCACCCAGAGGUCAGCAGAAUUCUCUUUGUAGAAGCAAGUGAAACCCCACAGAGAGAACUAACGCAAUACCAACACAUUCAUUCUAAGGCAAUUAUCUCAAUAUCAAUUCCCUAUGAGCAGAUGGAGGAAAAGAUCAAGUUGCUGGAGGGCCGGCUGGAGGGUGUAGGUGGGAGAAGACCUGUUGUGGCCCUGAGUCCUUCUGAGGUUCUAUGUCUGUUUGAAGAUCCCUGCACAACAGAGGGGCUGCUUCCCAAGGGGCUUCUCAUCCACAGUUGGAUUCCUUACUCCACCCACAGGUCCAACCUAGAGAUGUUGUUGAAACGGGGAGUUGUCUGGUUCUAUUCCCAACACUCUGAUUCAGUUAGUGAAUGUGUCACCUCCCCCAGAUCCAGUGAUGCCAGUGAGAUCUGUAUUGGCACAAACAUAACUAAAUCCAGCACCAGUGAUUACUUUACUGCACAACAGGAACCUUUUGCACCCAACCCAGUGCCCCUUCCCCACUCAUCUAGCCAACCUAGCCCUCUCGCUCGUACCUCCUGUGGGUUCCUCAGCUUGGGCUGCUCUCCAUUCCCAGUGCCUCUAGGGCAAGGCAUCUACUGUUUUGAUAUUGACCUGUUUGGAACUGAUCCUGUAUCUGCACAAACCCAUGUCCUACACCAGCUGAUUGAGAUGCAGCGAGUGCUGCCAGCAGGGGGCGGUGUUGUUUGCUACUUGUUUGCUGAAAAGAGUCUGCGGGCUGAACUAACUCAGUUCUGCCAGGGGUUAGAGCCUUUCUAUGAAGUAACAGAACAACAUGUUUUAGAGACAGAGAGUUAUACAGUAAUUCCUAAAAGCCUUAUGUAA